AUGUCUGGAAGUCCAUCUAACGAAACCUCCGCUUCCCAGCCCCAUCGACAGCCAUCUGCAGGGCCCGCAAUCCCCCUUAGGCGGUACACAUUGAUGGACGCUCAUGGCUAUUUACAUCGACCACCCCCAGAGUCCGCCCAGGAAUCCUCCAUUGGGUCCCCAUCCGCCAAUCCCGCCAGUCCUAGUAAAGAGGUUAGAGAACCAAGGGAUGUCGAUAAAGACCGUGUACUGACAGCUUGGAACGUCCGAUGGCCUUUGAUAUCGGGCGACGUCGAGCAAGUUGGCCUCCACCGAAGAAACGCAAUUCGUCGGCGCAGAACGACCAACGUAGCUGGGGACAUCCAAAAUCAGUCCACGCAUGAGGGCUCCGGGGAUUUCAUGGGUGGCCUUUCACCUCCGCCCCGCAGCCACACAAUGCCGAAUCCCAUGCACCCGGAGCAGACCAUUGACGCUCUAGCUAUAAUGACCCCAGUAGCGCCAGCUCAACGCGGUACGUUCCCCCCUAAGCCACAAGACGCCGAAAUCGACAUCUCACUGGAAAGUCCGUUAGAGAUGCUCAGGUCCGACCCGCUAGGCUUUUUACUCCAACGAGGAGUGCUAGAGAGGCGAGAUUCGGAGGACUCGGGAGAUGAAGUCUCCUUUUUCGUUCGAUAUUCUCCAUCUACGAGAACCCCAUAA